AUGGCUCCGCCGGACAGUGCGGGGGGUAAUGUUACGGUCCAGCGGAUCGACCCGAAGGUGCUUGCCGGAAUGGUGAACCGCUUCGUCACAGAGACGGGCAGCUUCUUGGAAGCUUUCGCGACCAGAGCCGAGGCCAAGCUGAUGAAGCUGGAUCAGCGGGUCGAGCGCUUGGAGAGGCUGAAUCUUUCGGGUUAUGGGCACAUCGCUUCCCGUGGUUUGAAGGUUGAUUCUCGUGUAACCUCUCCCAAUUGUCCGGACAUUCCCGUAAGCUUUCGCUCGUAUGCUGACCUACUCUGCGGUGCACCGCUGAUGUCUGUGGAUGUGUGCCCGGCCGAGUUCACCAGCCAUCUCGCAGAAGAGGAAAGCGUUUUUCCCUGCACGCUGACCUUGUGCCGCCCUCGCCUGGUCGGAGAGGAAGGCCUUCCCUUCGCAGAGGUGGAGUACCAGGACAAAAUCCACUCGAUACAGGAGUGGCCCUGUCUCUCGCUGCCCUUCGCCUUUGGAGAGGGUGAUCUGCAGGUCCGUGUUUUCCUGGCCGAUGAUGAGGCUUCGUAUCUUCAGGAGAAGCGCCGGCCUCUGGGCGGCUUCCGUGUGUCGCUCCAGGACCUGGAGCUCCGGUCCAUGACUUCGGGCGAGGUGUGGAUGCCACUGUCACGCCGUGGCUGGGAGGAGGAGGCUCAGAGCCUUUCGCCCAUCCAUCGGCGCCCUCUGGGCCCUUCAAUGCGCAUUUUGCUGCAGCACCGCGAGAGCCUGGAGAAGCGAGUUUGGGCCCUCUCCGUUGCAGAAAGGCGCAGCCGCCUUCGGACCUCCAGCAGCAGCUCCGUUGCUUUGGCCGGUGAUGCCUUCGCCAGGAGGCCGGAGGGAGAGGCAUCUGAAUCAGUGGCGCGGUGGCGGCAGAAGUUCGAAAAGCAGCAGGAGCAUACCGAGAUGUUGCUGAAGCAGCAUGACGAGGCAUUGAGCGAUCUGGCUCGAGAGGCGCAGCAUCGUGUGCAGAAGGCAGCCUCAGUGGCAGACUGUGCCCAUCGCCAAGCUCUGGCCUGCCUGGUAGAUGCCUGCCUCAGGAGCUGGGCAGCCUGGGUUGCGGCGGAGAAACGCGAGCGCCAGUUCGAACAGGUUGCCGAGGACAACCAGGCCUUCCGGGACCGCUGCAGCUCCAAGCGCAGCGCAAGCCAGGCGAAGGUUCGGCAGUUGCACUCAGAGCAGGAGCAGGCACAGUGGGAGGUCAAGCGACAGGGGCAACUGCGCGAGCACAGCUUGGCCACUUUGCAGUCGUGGCUGAUGCGCGGGCAAAUGAGGUCUCACGGAUGCGUGUGCUUUGGCGCAUGGGCACGUCACAUGCGUCAGCGUGCCUUUCUCCUUCGCAUCCAUGACAAACAGAACACCAAACUCAGCCAGCUCUUCCUGCUCUCUGCCCUGCUGGCUUGGCGUUCUCUUUGCGGGGACGAAGCGCUCGAGAGCCUGGUAGCCCAGUGCCGGCAGAGAGAGGCCUCUGCUUCUCGAAUGGCACGGGCCGCCUCAGCUGAGGCUUUUGCGAGCUGGGUGGAGCACGCGGCACGCCAUGGGCUACUGGAGGCGGCUGUUGCAUCCUGGGUGGAUCACCUUGGCCGUGCUCGGUUUAAUCAGGAGCUGGGUGGUGUUUUUCUCGACGUCACCGACCGGCUUGAUGUCAAGCGGCUGAAGGAGUGGGCGCUGCUAACCUGGCACUCAGCUGUUUGCGAUGCGGAGGCGCAGAUCCAGGCCGAGCGCUGCAGCCGCAGCACCCGGCUUCGCAGGCGACGUGAGCUGACGCUGCGGGUGAUGGAUGCACCCACUGCUCUGCGCAUGAGCGGCGCUGCGUGGUUCGCCUUCCGCCGCUGGCGGGACGUUGUGGAGGAGCAGUGCUUCCAGAAGGUCAUGGAAUCCCAGCUGACACAGAAGGAGCAGGCCCAGGCCGAGAUCCUGAGCGCGACGAAGGAGAUCAGUAACUUCGAGAACGCCAUGGCAGCGGAAGAGAAGCAGUGGACCUCCGAGCGGGUGGAUCUUUGGGAUCGAUUGAAGCACUUGCGGGCUAUGCUGGCAGAGAGCAAAGCAAAGCGCCAGGAGCUCCACGAGAAGAGAGUGCUCUUGGUGCCGCGGUGUCAGAAAUUUCCCCAGCCUGAUCCAGUGACCGAUAACCACGAAGUUGCUUUAGAGCUCCUAGGACAACUCUCCUUCCCACGACUGAAGUUUGGGCCAGGUUCUGCUGCUGCGCAGCGGCAUCUUGAUCCGGUCUGGAGUCUGGAGAACUCUGAGGAAGAGGAGAAAGAAGCCAACAAGAUGUCUGAGGAGCACUUCAAGGGUUUGGUGCAGACCGCCCCAGCAAUGACGGAUCCGGAUACAGUCCCGGACACCUUCACCAUCAAGUUGUCACCUGGCGACGGGAAGCAUGGGCUACAGGUUGAUGCUACGAAUCCCGUGUGCACUGUCAUAAAGGACAUCCUGCCGGGGGGGGCCAUCGACAAUUGGAACCAGAACAAGCCAGACAACAAACUCAAGAAGAUCCUUGGCUCGGUGCUGGUAUAA